AAGAUUUAUGUGAACGGAAAAGUUUUGAAGGACGCCACGAUUUUUUUGCCUCUCAGGUCUCAAUAAUUUAGCUGUACCAUGUUCACACUUCACUUUUACUGCAAGUAAUGUCAGAUAAGAUUGUAGCCUUUCCCUCGAGGAACCAGAAAAUGUAAGGUAAUUCAUAACUGGUGAGAGAAAAAAUAAUAAAAGAGGUCAGGGGAAUGGAGAAGAAUGAAAAAGAAACAAUGGAGAAGCAUGAGGAAACAGUCACAGCUGAUCAUGAGCCAGAAAUCAACUACAGAGGAUGGAAAGCCAUGCCAUUUAUUAUUGGAAAUGAAACCUUUGAGAAGCUGGGAGCCAUUGGUACCUUGGCCAAUUUGUUGAUCUACCUCACUACUGUCUUCAACUUGAAAAGCAUUACAGCUGCAACCAUGAUCAAUGUCUUCAAUGGCACCGCAAACUUUGGAACCCUGGUCGGAGCUUUUCUCUGUGACACUUACUUUGGUCGCUACAAGACUUUGGGAUUUGCGACAGUUGCCUCUUUCGUGGGAUUGCUAGCAAUACAACUAACAGCAGCUAUCCCAGAGUUGCAUCCUCACCGCUGUGCAGCACAAGGAAGCGGUGAAUGCAAAGGGCCAGCGGGAGGGCAACUGGCAUUUCUGCUUACUGGGUUAGGACUAAUGAUUGUGGGAGCUGGUGGUAUUCGCCCAUGUAACUUGGCAUUUGGGGUGGAUCAAUUCAAUCCUAAAACAGAAGCUGGAAAGAGAGGAAUCGACAGCUUCUUCAAUUGGUACUUCUUCACCUUCACUUUUGCGCAGAUGAUAUCCUUAACCCUCAUUGUGUACGUUCAAUCAAACGUGAGUUGGGCUAUUGGGCUUGGAAUUCCAGCAAUUCUGAUGCUUAUAGCUUGUGUGGUCUAUUUCGUUGGUUCAAAAAUAUAUGUCAAAGUAAAAGCUACUGGUAGUCCAAUCGCCAGUGUAGCACAAGUAAUAGUUGUAGCAAUCGAGAAAAGGAAAUUAAAACCGGUGGAGCAACCUUGGCUCUCCCUUUUCAAGUAUAUUCCUCCCAAGUCCAUCAACUCCAAGCUUCCCUAUACCGAUCAAUUCAGAUUCCUGGACAAAGCAGCAAUUGUCACACCCCAAGACCAAAUAAACCCAGACGGAUCACCAGCUAAUCCAUGGAGACUUUGCAGCAUGCAGCAAGUAGAAGAAGUGAAAUGCCUGUUUAGAGUGCUUCCAAUAUGGGCAUCACAAAUCUUCUAUGGUGUUACCCUUGUUCAACUACAUACCUAUGCUGUCUUCCAAGCCAUUCAAUCUGAUAGACGCCUUGGAAAUAGCAACUUCAAGAUCCCAGCUGCAAGCUAUGUUGUAUUCAUGAUGCUUAGUCUAACCUUUUUCAUACCUGUUUAUGAUCGAGUUAUUGUCCCAUUUCUUCGAAGAAUCAGGGGAAAAGAAGGGGGUAUUACAAUCCUCCAAAGGGUUGGCAUUGGGAUUUUUCUCUCCAUAAUCACCAUGCUCGUAUCGGGGAUGGUUGAAGAACAUCGAAGAACUACAGCUCUCACGAAACCAACUCUAGGAGUCGCACCGAGGAAAGGCGCCAUUUCAUCUAUGUCAGCGUCAUUGUUGAUCCCUCAAUUUACCCUUGGUGGACUGACAGAAGCAGUUGCGUCCAUUGGCCUAGUUGAAUUCUACUACAAGCAGUUCCCUGAGAACAUGAAAAGCAUUGGAGGGUCUCUAUUCUACUGUGGCUUGGCAGGUUCAAGUUAUUUCAGUAGCUUAUUGAUCUUAGUAGUUCACAGAACAACAAAUGGGGCCGCCACUGGAAAUUGGUUACCAGAGGAUCUCAACAAGGGAAGAUUGGAUUACUUCUAUUACAUGAUUGCUGGCUUAGGAGUCCUAAAUCUUGCCUACUUUUUGUUAUGCUCAAGAUGGUAUAAGUACAAAGGAAACAGUGACACCCUUGAUCUUGAACUUGAAGUCAAUGGAGAGAAAAAGCUAUCUGAUAAUCCUUUAGUAUGAUGUUUAGUCGUCUUCAUAAAUACAAGAUUUCAUUCAUCAUAGCCAAUAUGAAAACCCUUUUCUGUAGCUUUACAUUAUACCAUCCAGCAAAAAUAUGCAGUUGUAGGCCUCAGAGUAUGAUCAGGAAAUAAGUUAAUUACAUUUUGAUGUCGUAUUUUGCGACAAGUAAAAUACGAUUUAACUCAUGUUUUAUUGAGUAGUAACUCCAAAAUAAGCAAAAAAAAAA